AUGAUUAAACAACAGCAACCACAGCAACUUAAGGCGCAAAGCACCCAGGUCCUUCAAACCAUUACAUACGCCAUAUAUGCAUAUAAUUCAAAGACAGCAGAACAAACACAAAGGUUGAAAUAUGGAGAUUUGGAGAUAGUAUUGAAAAAUGACCAUUUCGAAUUCGUUUGCAAAGGUGGUGCAGUGAUAUCAAAUAUAAAAGAAAUUUUAUUUAUGAAUUCAAAAAUUAAAGGAAUAACGGAUGAUAUAACAUCAAUUCCACCAGAAGAACAAAGAUAUUACGCAUUAAAUGCAUUUCCUAAAGUUUUGAAGAUUGGAAGAUUUAAUUUAAAUGAGGAAUUCAUAAAAGGUUUCCUUAAUGACAUAGAGAAGAAAGCAGAUAAGGAAUAUGUCAACGGUGAGUUAGAGAAGAAAGCAGAUAAGGAAUAUGUCAAUGAAAAAGAUAAUGAAAUUAAAGAAAGGGUUGAAUGGUAUCAUGAAUGGACAUCAAAGAUUUUAAAAACUAAAGCUGAUACAGGAUGGGUUUCAGGAUGUUUAGACCUUAAAGCAGAUAAGGAAUAUGUCAACGGUGAGUUAGAGAAGAAAGCAGAUAAGGAAUAUGUCAACGGUGAGUUAGAGAAGAAAGCAGAUAAGGAAUAUGUCAACGGUGAGUUAGAGAAGAAAGCAGAUAAGGAAUAUGUCAAUGAAAUAUACCAAAGUUUGAUAGGAACAACUAAAAAUAUUGAAACUAUUGUUGGUGACUUUUCUGUCAAUGAAGAAAAUAAAUAUUUUAGAUGGCAAUUGGUACAGUCCUUAAAAAAUGGUAUACGAUGUAAACUCAUUCCGAAAAAUAACAAUGAAAUGUAUGUAAGCUAUAAAAAGAAUGAUGGAACACAAGUUAAAGUUCCAUUAGACAACAACUGCUACUUAAACAUAUAUGGAAACGAACAAAAGAAAUAUUUAAGAGUUUAUGAAAUGACAGAUAUGACAUUGCCUCACCCAGCUCCAGCACCAUAUUAUUAUGACUAUGGAGAUGACAACAGAACACCACAUGUAGAUGAACAAAAGCUAACAUUAUAUUUAGAUUAUUAUAGAUAUAAAAGAUAUAAUGCAAUAGAAAAAACGAGAAUAGUAUAUUAUUAUACAGAUGACAAAAAUAAAUAUUAUAGUCAAGAUUUUACCUACCCUGAAAACAUAAGAUUAUAUUAUAAAAAAUAUUCUGACACAAACCAGAAGAAACCUGAAAUAGUUACACUAUAUUUUAAGUUCAAAAGAGACAAUCCUAUAUUAUCUCAUAUGUUUGAUUUAAUGAACCCAGUAGGUUCUAUUUAUACAUCUAUGGAUGCAAGAGGUCCUCAAGUAAUGUUUGGUGUUGGUGCAUGGGAACAAAUAGUCGACAGGUUUUUGUAUUGUGCAAACUCUUCAAAGGAAACAGGUGGAAGUAAAACGAUUUCAGGUGAAAAUUUACCUGCACACAGUCACUACAUAGAUUUAAGUACAUCUCAGGCAGGUUGGCAUAAGCAUAGAUAUUGGGAUUGGUCAGGAAUGACAAAAGGUAAAGGAUAUGAUGUUAAAGACGACGUUAAGUUUGCUAUAAAUUGUUACUGGAGUGACACUCAGGGAGAAGGAAACCAUACACAUUUCGUUUCAGGAUAUACACAAACAACGGGACAAAGUAAAGAAUACAUGCCACCUUACAUGACAGUUUACGCAUGGUAUAGAGUUCAAUGA